UGUGGUUGAGCAUCUCUUUAAUUUGCUGUGAUAAGUCAGUUUGUGUGUUUUUUUGUCAAAAACUGAUCUAUUUUUUCAGCCAUAUAAACUGUUUUUAAAUACCGAUGCACUGAUUAGCGUGUGUGUGGGACAUCUCAUGUGCAAACGUUGUCUAAAUGUUAUUGUCAUUUUUGGUCGACUUAACCUAAGACACCAGCGCUCGUACACAGUGGGACGUCCUGUUCCAGCUUGAAUAACAUCACAACCUUGCAGGGGUUUUGUACUCGACUGAAGUGUGUAAAAGGUAAGCCCCUCCCCUUAAAUGUUUAUAUAUUAAAACACCGCAUUACUUAUCAUUUAUUAAAAAGAAAAAUGCCUAUUAUAUCUGAGAGAUUACUUAAAACCAAAACAAACGUGAGGUAACUUAGCUUCUUAUAUAUCACGAGUCACUUCCGGGUAUUUGCAGCGGUUCAAACAAAACCGGAAGUUACUGGGAGUGAAUCCUCUGGGCUCUGUAAUGAUGCCCUAUAUUUGUGUAGCCUCACCAGCUUCUUCCAGAAGUUUCCUUGACCGGCUUUUCACCGGCGCGGCGGUAACUCUCACAGGCAUCAUUGCGGACACGUAGUUUUUUGGUAGUUUGUUUGACGCUAAAUGCCAUAUUUGCCUAAUCUGUUCCGAGCAGACGCUUGUCCGUGGACUGUCAAAACAAAUUUGACAGUUUCUGGCUGCAAAAGUGACAGGAGCUGCGGCGGCUAUCUCUCUCUCUCUCUCACACACACACACCGACACACAAACGACUUACUGGAUGCUUUGUCAGCUUUGACAAUGUUUUCAUGAAGAGGAAGACGAGCUGACUUGGUACGGUAAUGGGUAAGGAUUAUUAUAAUGUGCUAGGAAUAGCCAAAGGUGCGUCCGAAGACGAAAUAAAAAAGGCAUACAGAAAACAGGCUUUGCGCUUUCAUCCGGACAAGAACAAGUCUCCCGGAGCGGAGGACAAAUUCAAAGAGGUCGCCGAAGCAUACGAUGUCCUCAGCGAUGCCAAGAAAAGGGACAUCUACGAUCGCUACGGAGAGGAAGGAUUGAAGGGACCGACUGAUGGUGGAGGACACACCGGUCCCAGUUUCAACUACACCUUCAAUGGAGACCCCCAUGCCAUUUUUGCGGAGUUUUUUGGGGGCCGCAGCCCCUUCGAUCACUUCUUCUCACAGAACGGGGGGGAUGAUAUGGAUGUCAACGACCCCUUCGGGGCCUUCGGCAUGGGAGGAAUGGGUGGGUUUCACCGGCCCUUCAAAGCUCACCCGGGAAGCUUUCACAGAAGACACGAGAAAAAGAAGGACCCUCCGGUGGUGCAUGAGCUGAACCUGAGCCUGGAGGAGGUUUUCGCCGGCUGCACCAAAAAGAUGAGGAUUUCUCGCAAGAGACUGAACCCCGACGGCUGCACCCUACGCAACGAAGACAAAAUUUUAACAGUGGACAUCAAGCGCGGCUGGAAGGAGGGCACAAAAAUCACGUUUCCCAAGGAGGGCGAUGAAACCCCCACCAACAUUCCGGCAGAUGUGGUGUUUGUGGUGAAAGACAAACCCCACCCUGUGUUCAGAAGAGAGGGCUCCGAUAUAGUUUACCCGGCCAAAAUAUCUCUUAAAGAGGCGCUGUGUGGGUUCACCGUCAGCGCUCCCACUCUGGAUGGCCGGACCAUCUCUGUGACCUCCAGAGAUAUUGUCAAACCCGGGAUGAAGAAGCGGAUCUCAGGGGAGGGGCUUCCUCUGUCGAAGUUCCCCGAGAAGAGGGGCGACAUGAUCUUGGACUUCAGCGUUAAAUUUCCUGACAAACUGGGCCAAAGCACACGCGACGCGCUGGAGCAGAUCCUUCCCAUGUGACCCGGCUCUUCCCUCUGACCGCCAGGCUCUGCUGUGUGGGGCCGGUUCAUUCUCCAGCUGGGUCUACUGGGACUCCCCGAGCACCGAAUCUGAUUUGUGUGUGAAGGAAAAGUUGAACCACGGAAAGAAAUGUUGUUUUUAAAAGGUCGUCAAAGCGGACCACCAGUUAGUUUUUUUUUUUUUUUUAAUCAAUCAGAGGAUGUGGCACCAGAGCAGAAGAUGGUGAUUAGAGAGGAACCUCCAGCUCGCUGCUUAACAGCCCCUCAGGUGCAACCACCUACGUCUGAAUGCAGCAGUAAGGGAAUAUUCCAUGUUCCAGGUGUGUACGCCACACUGUCAGUAACAGCAUUAAACAGACUUUUCUUUUCAAGUGUCCAAGCGUAAUUAACACUCACCUUUAAUGCCACAACGUCGUAAACUGCCAGGUAAACUGUGCUUUGUACGUCUGCGAUGGUUCCCGUCAGCGCUAACGCUGUGGCGACGCCGCAGUGAGUCCCACACCGCCCACAGCUCAUCCCCGCACUCCCCCCCCGCCCCCCCGCCCGCUCGCCUCACACCGGACGACCAGCUGGCACCCGGUCCAUCACACGGCUAUCUAUCAGGUUUUUAAAAAAAGACCAGUUCUUCCUCAUGCUCGGUGCUCCUUAACUAUGGAAGUUUGAUUUGUGAAACGUGGAGAUGGCACGUUAAAAUGUUUACCAUUUUCAGUAUAGACGUUCUGUGCCAAAUAUGUCCCCAUGUAAUCAAAGUGUGCGUCUGAGGGUGUCAUUAGUCUGUUUCCUGAAAGGUGUGAUUGAUGACUACAGCAGUCAAAAAAUGAGUCCCCAGCUAAAAACGAUCAUUUAUGCAAAUAUAUGUCUUUCAUAAUUCAGAUCCUGCUCGUGUUACUCUGAUUUUCCAAAUGAAAUGAAAAUUCAGUACAUGUGUUUUCACAGGAGUGAGCUCUAAUGCUUUUAGGGUAAAAACCGACAGAGUUUAUCCAGUGAUUUAAAGGCCGCUAGUAUUACCUUUUUGUUGGAUUAUUCUGUCAUCUAUUCUGUUAUCAUAACUUCUGACAGCUGAAGCGUCUAGAAACGGAGUCACGGCUCUUUAGGAAUCAGGACAAACCUUUCCACUCUGCGUUCCACUGUGCUAAUGAUGGUUGUUACUAAGCCAGUGAGGGAUUUUAAUGCAGUUCUGACCACCGGACACAAACAUGUUGUUUAACAUCGAUGUACAGAUGUGUAAUAUGAUAUAAUUUGUUUUCUUUUUGCAAAAAAAAGUACGCUUUUGAAGAGGAAACAGUUAUUUUGUUAUACCUCAUGUUUAUGUUUUAAAAUCUCUAGCUGCCAUUCAGAAUGCUUUAAUUUUUAACAACCAAAGCUUUGACAGGAUCAGAUGUUUUUUUUAGUCCUUUCCUAUGCUGUGAUGAUCACCAUCUCCACAUUAAAAAAUAGGCAAAGCUCUGAA